AUGUCAAUUGAUUGGACAACUAAAGAAAAAAUUGUUUUAAUAUCUAAUAUACUCGAAUAUGGUGAUCAAACAGAAAGUUGGUCAUCAAUAUCAAAUGAUCUUUCAAGAGUAUUUCAAACAAAUAUUAUUUUAUCACAAACAAAAAGAGAAGGACGUUAUUCAAUUAAAAAUUGUAAACAAGAAUAUAAAUAUCUUGUUAAUCGUUAUAAAUCUCAAUGGAUUGAAAAUGGAUCAUUAAAUGGUUUAAAAUUACCUUUAGCAAAAUAUAUUUGGAUACAAUUAAAAUCUAUUUAUCAAACGGAAUUAACACAUCAAUUAAAUGAAAGUAGAAAAAAAUUAACUGAAUUUUGUCUUAGACUAGAAUCAGUAGUUAAUAUUAAAUCUAAUACAAUAGAAUCAACACCUACAUCAUCAACUAUAGAGAUAACAACUUCUCUUGAUAUUCCUCAAGAAAAUGAACCACAAGAAGAAAAAACUCCAACAAUUGAAAUUAUUUCUCAGUCAAUCAAAACAGAACCAGAUAUACUGCCGAGUGAACCUAUAGAAUCAACAUUACCCAGUGAACCAAAUAUUGCUCUUGAAGUAUUCGAUGAUUCGAAAGAACAAAUAAUAACUCCAACACCUCCUCCUGCAAUUGUUGAUGAACCACAAAUAAAAGAAGAUGUACAAAGUGAAAUUUCUAAUGAACCUAUUGUUAGUGAGAAUAAUUAUCAAGAUUCAUCCACAACUUCGCCAAAUCCAAAACAAAAUCCACCGAUUAUUGAAGAAGAUAUUCCAGAACAAACACCAAUAGAUUCUCCUUCCCAAAAUCUUUCAUUGGAUCAACAAUCAUCCAUUUCUCAAACAACAAUUUCUAUUCCUUCAUUACUACCUUCAACCAGUACAACAAUAACAACAGCACCACCACCACCAACAACAACAACAACAACAGCACCACCACCACCAACAACAACAACAACAGCACCAGUAACAACAACAAUGCCAGAAUCAGUUUCAUCAUCCAGAUCAACAUCAAGAACAAGUUCUGAAACAAAAGCAGAUGUUAUUAAAAUAAUUCCAAUAACUACACCCAAAUAUCAUGUUUAUUUUUCUCCAAAAAAUUCAAUUAAUAAUAAUCUUGGAACAAAUAAAACAAAAUUAAAACGAAAAACAAUUGAUGAAAUAAAAGAUGAAAAUGAAAUUGAAACAACAAAUCAACCAGAUAUAUCUUCUUCAUCAACAGAACAAUCAAAAGUAUCAUCAUCAACUGCUCCAAUUACUCGCCGUUCUAUAAGUACACGUUCAGUACCAAAUACUGCUGCUGAUCAAGAAGAAGAAAAAGCAAGAAGAUUCUCAGUAAUGCUUUCUGAAAAUCCAAAUAGUUGGCAAUCACAAUCAAUGUCUAUUAUUCAAUUUAUUCUUGCACAUAAACAAGGAUAUUUAUUUGAACAUGAAAUAACAGAAGAAAUUGCACCGAAAUAUCAUCAAUAUGUUCGACAUCCAAUAGCUCUUGAUACAAUUCGAAAAAUACUUGAAUCAAAUGGAUAUCAAUCAAAAGAAUAUUUUAAACGUGAUAUUUAUCUAAUGUUAUAUAAUGCUAUGAAAUAUAAUCCACGUUAUCAUCAUGUUCAUCGAUCAGCUAAACAUAUUUUCAAUCUAACAGUUCCACUUUUUAAUUUAUCAGCACAAGAAAUUAAUGGGCAAAUGACAACAAAAAUGAAUAUAUCAUUACCGACUACUACGAAUGAUAUUCCACCUGCUAAACGAAAACGAACGAAAUGA